UCGUGCCUCCAGGUACGUGGCUCGUCGCAAGGACCCGUUCCCAGUGCCGAUGAUCCGGAACACUACCGCGAUCGCAGAAAGAAGGACAUUCACAAUAUGAUUGAACGCCGUCGUCGCUAUAAUAUCAACGACCGAAUCAAAGAAUUAGGACUUAUGCUGCCUAAAGGAGCCUCCGAAGCCGAAUUUAGAGAGAUGAAGUUAAACAAAGGGACGAUUCUCAAAGCAUCUUGUGACUACAUUCGACAAUUGCAAAAGGAUCGAGAUAGCAUGAUUAAACAACAGCAACAACAAAACAAAUUGGAAAACGCUGCGAAACAAUACGCCGAUCGAGUCAGG